AUGGCCAAACCAAUUGUCCUCCAGCUCGGCGACGAUAUAAAAUGGAACCACGAUCUGUACAGCACCUUCAAAUCCAACUUUGACAUCAAGCGGUCGCAUAGCAUGCCUCGGGCUGAAUUCAUCCAAGCUCUCAAGAACAAAACAUUUGGCGACUUUUUUGCUAUUUACAGACCAUUCUGGAACACAGGCGGUGAGAUGGGCAAUUGGGAUGAGGAAUUGAUUUCUCUGCUGCCCACCUCGUGCAAAGUCUAUGCCAGCGCUGGAGCAGGCUUUGACUGGGUUGAUACUGCUACCCUUGCCAAGAGAGGCAUCACAUAUUGCAACGCCGCAGCUGCUUGUACAGAGUCUGUAGCAGACGCCGCCAUCUGGCUCAUCAUCUCCGUCUUCCGCCAACUAAGCUGGUCCAGCAUCGCUGCUCGCUCCGGCUCAAGCGAGCAGUUCCUAGAUGCCCAACGCAAUCUUGCACCUGUAUCUCGUAAUCCUCGCGGUUUUAGUCUCGGCAUCAUCGGCUUCGGCCGAAUUGGUCAACGUAUCGCAGAAAAGGCCUACAAGGCACUUGACAUGAAGAUCCUCUACAACGAUGUAGUCCAAAUGCCCAGAAGUAUCGAGGGACCCGUCGGAGCAGUCUAUCACAAGUCGGCAGACACUCUGCUCGCAGAAGCAGACUGCGUUCUUGUCGCGACACCCUUUGCAGGUGAGGCCUUACUCAACAAGGAGGGUCUGGCAAAGAUGAAGAAGGGGGCCAAGCUGGUCAACAUCGCACGUGGAAAACUCAUCAACGAGGCGGAUCUUGUAGAGGCUCUUCAGAGUGGACAUCUUUCAGGCGCAGGACUGGAUGUUUUUGAGCACGAGCCUGUCAUCAGCCCUGAGUUGAUCAAGAUGAAGAACGUGGAGCUACUGUCGCACAACGCGGGUGCGUCCUUGGAUUCACAUGUUGGAUUCGAGAAGCUGGGUAUGGAGAAUAUUCUAUCAUUUCAUAAGACGGGCAAGGCUAUUUCACCCGUCAAUGCUCAUCUGAUCAAACAGAGCAAGUUGUAA